GGUUUGGAGGGGAAGUGACGUAGCUGAGGAGAAGAUGGCGGCUGCAGUGACUCUCCCAUCUUCAUCCACGGCCUCGGCCACGGCAGCGGCAGCAGCUCUGGGAGAGGUGGAGGAUGAAGGACUCCUGGCAUCGCUCUUCCGGGACCGCUUCCCCGAGGCUCAGUGGCGGGAGCGGCCCGAUGUGGGCCGCUACCUCCGGGAACUGAGCGGUUCAGGGUUGGAGAGGCUGCGGCGCGAGCCCGAGCGCCUGGCCGAGGAGCGGGCACAGCUGCUGCAACAGACGCGCGACUUGGCCUUCGCCAACUACAAGACCUUUAUCCGUGGCGCGGAGUGCACUGAGCGUAUCCACCGCCUCUUCGGCGACGUGGAGGAGUCGCUUGGCCGCCUGCUCGAUCGCUUGCCCAGCUUCCAGCAGAACUGCAGGAACUUUGUGAAGGAAGCUGAGGAGAUCAGCUCCAACCGACGGAUGAACACCCUGACUCUAAACCGGCACACAGAAAUCCUGGAAAUUCUGGAGAUCCCUCAGCUUAUGGAUACCUGUGUCCGGAACAGCUACUAUGAAGAGGCCCUGGAGCUUGCAGCCUAUGUACGGCGAUUGGAAAGGAAAUACUCCUCCAUUCCUGUCAUCAAGGGCAUUGUGAACGAAGUGCGCCAGUCCAUGCAGCUGAUGCUGAGCCAACUAAUUCAGCAACUGAGGACCAACAUCCAGCUCCCUGCCUGCCUCCGAGUCAUUGGCUACCUACGGCGCAUGGACAUCUUCACUGAAGCUGAGUUAAGAGUAAAGUUUCUUCAGGCCCGAGAUGCUUGGCUCCGUUCCAUCCUGACUACAAUCCCUAAUGAUGAUCCCUAUUUCCAUAUCACAAAAACUAUUGAAGCCUGCCGAGUCCACCUCUUUGAUAUCAUCACACAGUACCGUGCCAUUUUCUCAGACGAGGACCCACUGUUGCCAACUGCCAUGGGGGAGCACGCUGUGAAUGAGGGUGCCAUCUUUCAUGGAUGGGUGCUGCAGAAAGUUUCACAGUUCCUGCAGGUGCUGGAGACUGACCUUUACCGGGGGAUAGGAGGCCGCCUGGACUCUCUGCUGGGCCAGUGUAUGUACUUUGGGCUGUCAUUCAGCCGGGUGGGGGCUGAUUUCCGGGGUCAGUUGGCUCCUGUUUUCCAGCGGGUGGCCAUCAAUACUUUCCAGAAAGCAAUUCAGGAAGCAGUGGAAAAAUUCCAGGAUGAGAUGAAUUCCUAUACCCUCAUCUCAGCUCCAGCCAUCCUGGGCAGCAGUAACAUUCCUGCUGCUGUGCCAGCCACUCAACCAGGGACACUGCAGCCACCAAUGGUACUUUUAGACUUCCCUCCCCUUGCGUGCUUCCUCAACAAUAUUCUGGUUGCCUUCAAUGACCUGCGUCUCUGCUGCCCUGUGGCCCUGGCACAGGAUGUCACUGGUACCUUGGAGGAUGCCCUUGUUAAGGUAACUAAAAUAAUCCUGGCCUUCCAUCGCGCAGAAGAGGCUGCCUUCAGCAGUGGAGAACAAGAGCUCUUCGUUCAAUUUUGCACUGUCUUCCUGGAAGACCUUGUUCCUUAUUUAAAUCGUUGUCUUCAAGUCCUUUUCCCACCAGCUCAGCUAGCACAGACUUUAGGCAUUCCACCCACUCAGCUUUCCAAGUAUGGAAACCUUGGGCAUGUGGACAUCAUCCUUAUCCAGGAGCCUCUCGCCUUUAUCCUGCCUAAGAGAGAGGUGGUCUUCUCUCUAGAUGACAAGGAGCUAGCAUCCAAGCUCACAGAUUCUGCACCGCAGCCUCCUGCUGAGGAGCCGAGAAUGGAUCCAAGAGGAGAACAGGUGGAGUGGCAGGCAGGAGGGUGGACAGCCCGCAUCAUCCAGCAUGAGAUGGACCACUUGCAAGGCUGCCUGUUCAUUGACAAAAUGGACAGCAGGACAUUUACAAACAUCCACUGGAUGGAGGUGAACGACUGAAGCUUUCCUGCUGGGGCUGAGGAUCUGGAAAGACUAAAUGCAAAUACCUGAAUUUGAGCUGGGAAUAUCUUAUUUGCCUUCAACUUGGUAUUGGUCCUGAUAUGAAAGAAAACAGUGGACUUCCAGAGCAUAUUGAACUGAGUUAGAGGAGAAUCUUAGAAAUGUUUAUUCCAGUCAGGUUUGGACAAAAUAUUGCUACAAUUUGAGAAAAAUAACCCCCCUGAAAUGGAUGUUUCCUGACAUUUUUGUAUGGAGAGAAGAGGGGCAAGUACAUAACCAUUCUCAACAGUUAUAUCAUAAGACCUGUAUAACCUACUUCCAAAGCCAAGAUUUCAUAGUAACACAGUUCCCAAAUAUUAGAAAGCUGUGUUUUAAAAUGCAGGUAAGGGGGCUGAGGCUGUAACUCAGUGGCAGAGCACUUGCCUAGUAUUCGUGAGGCACUGGGUUCAACCCUCAGCACCGCAUAAAAAUAAACUAAUAAAGGCAUUCUGUCCAUCUACACCUAUAAAACAAAAAGUUUAAAAAAAUGCAGAUAAAGCAUUUUUCUGAGUUUCUCUGAGUUCUUUUUACAAAGGGCUUGUAUGUGUCUGACUUGGAGAGUCCUUGUUUGCCUUGGAUACCAGUUGCUUAUAAAAGUAAAACACAGGACAGAGUGGUCCCAAUUCAAGAAAGUGUUUAAUGACAUUAUUAAUGUAAAUACGUAUCCACACAUUUUAACAGGUUCAGAUAGUUUAGGUCUCCACCUUUCUUUCUCUCUUUUUUUAAGAUGGCAUCUUGUUGCCUUGCUCAAGCUGGGCUCAAACUCCCAGUCUUCUUGCCUCAACCUCUGAAGUAAGUGGGAUUAUAGGCGUGCACCACUGUACCCAGCUCAGGUCUUUUACCUGCCACCUUUAACAAAGUUAGGGAAAAGUUUGCUGCUAAGAUCUGUUGAACAGCGGGUACUUGGCUCAUUGGUUGGGUGGAGGCCAUGGAACAGGGCUGGAGGUGGGAAUGACAACUGAUAAGGAGCGAGCCCCUUCCUGUCAUAAUUAGUAAUGGAAAGCAGAAUUGGUACUUAGCUGUUUACCAUGCUUAUUUUGAAAAAAAUAAAUUAGCAUCAUACUACCAGUGUUUAA